AUGACCGGAGAGCCAACCUUGGUUCCGGAACCCGUCACUGAGAAGACCACCACCAUCCGCUCCACCAGCUACACCACCGUGACCGUGUCCGUCACUCCUACCGAGGCAGUCCAGACUCCCACCGAGGCGCUCCCAACUCCCAUCGUCACCGUCUACCCAACCCCUGGCACCUACACCGUUGAGCCAACCACCAUCAUCGUGACCAAGGAGACCACCGUCUGCGCCGCCACGACCACCGGUCUCUCACCAGGCGAACACACCUAUGGAGGCGUCACCACCGUUGUUGACUCGCCAGCCACUCUCACCGUGCCGAUCGCCACCGUCAAGCCCGAGGGAAGCACCUUCACCAGCGUCAUCGAGAAGACCACCUAUGUCUGCCCAACUGAGGGAACCUACACAAUCGCCCCCUCUACCACCUCCGUCUCCAAGAGCACCGUCAUCGUGUACCCAACUCCGGCCAUCAUCACUUCUGGAACUUACACCCAGCCUGGAGCCACCGUCACCGUCACCGAGACCGACUAUGUCUAUGUCUGCCCCACCCCAACCGGCAUCGAACCCCCCAAGGUCGACCCUCCCAAGGUUGAGAUCCCCGAUGUUGAGCCACCCAAGGCUGAACCACCCAAGACCGAGCAGCCAACACCACCAAAGCAGGACAAGCCUGAGCCGCCAAAGACGCCUCAGAUCGGUGGUGGUGAGAAAUGGGGCAUGACCUACUCUCCUUACACCGACGACGGCCAGUGCAAGGGUGCCGGUGACGUCAAGGCUGACAUUGCCAUCAUCAAGCAAAAGGGUUUCAAGACCGUCCGCGUCUACUCCUCUGACUGUGACGGCCUCAAGAACAUCGGCAACGCUUGCAAGGAGUACGGUCUCAGAAUGAUCAUCGGCGUCUUCAUCUCCAACACCGGCAUCGAGGGCGCCCAGAAGCAAGUCACCGAUAUCGUCGAGUGGGGCCAGUGGAACAUGGUUGACCUCGUCGUCGUCGGCAACGAAGCCAUCUUCCAGGGCCACGCUGAUGCCACCUCCCUUGCUUCUUUCAUCGGUUCCUGCAAGGCCACCUUCAAGAAGGCUGGCUACAACGGCCCAGUCACCACCACCGAGCCCCUCAACAUCUGGCAGGCCAAUGCUUCCAAGCUUUGCGGUGUCAUCGACAUUCUCGGCGCCAACAUCCACCCGUUCUUCAACUCCGAUGUCUCCCCCGCUGAUGCUGGUAAAUUCGUCAAGGGCCAAAUGGACAUCCUCCACGGCCUCUGCAACAAGAAGGUCAUCAACCUCGAGACUGGCUGGCCCAACGGUGGUGGUAACAACGGAAAGGCCAUCUCUGGUCAGUCAGAGCAGGUUACCGCCAUCAAAUCCAUCGUCAAGGCUGUUGGCAGCGACUCUGUCUUCUUCUCCUUCCGUGAUGACCGCUGGAAGGAACCCGGCCCACUCGGUGUCGAGCAAAACUGGGGCUGCAUUAACGUUUUCGGCUGAAGCGUCUAAUUUGAUCAGAGUAAUUGUGAAUGUCUUUAUCUCCUUUUGAUUCCCUUUUCCGCCUUGCGUUCCUUUUUUUUUUU